UCAAUGUAGUACGUGUAUGUAGAAGGCUUUAUUGGUUUCUCGUAGUUACUGACUGAAUUGUCGUGGGGUAAAUAUUUUCCUUCCACGCAAUAGUUUUUUAUUCUAUAGCGUCGACAGUAAAAUAAUUAGUUUCUAAAAUGACUUGGUCGGUAAGCAGUUGUUUCAUUAGUCUGGUAGUACUGUUCCUUUGGCAGGUCGAUGAAAUCUCAGAAGCUUGCACUUGCAUGACUGUGCUGCAUCCUCAACAGGGUUUUUGCAAUGCAGACGUCGUGAUCAGGGCAAAGGUGGUUGGAUUGAAUGUUGGGUCUAACACCAAGUAUGACAUCAAACAGAUCAAGAUGUUCAAAGGUCCUGACCGGGUUAUCCACGCCGUCUUCACUGCAUCCUCCCCAGCCGCAUGCGGCGUGACUCUGCAAAUCAACAAGGAGUAUCUCUUCACAGGCAAGCUGGUGACUGGAAGGAUGUACGUAUCACAGUGUGGCUAUAAUAUGCCCUGGGAAGACUUGAGUGCCACGCAAAAGAAGAGCUUGACUCACCGCUACCAAAGCGGCUGCGAUUGCAAGAUCAUCCGCUGCACUUCCCUCCCCUGUCCGAUCAGCGCCCCGGAUGAGUGCCUGUGGACGGACUGGUUGUCCAACUAUGGCCAAAGUGGACCUCAGGCCCAAAACCUUGCCUGUAUCAAGAGGAGAGAUGGGUCCUGUGCCUGGAAGUAGUUCCUGGAUAUUGAAGAGCCUUAUACUCUACAGGCCAUCUGCUGUGAUUAAAGAUGCCUGCAAUUAAUAAAAAAAAUACACAAAGCUACAAAUGCAAAUUAUGAUUUAAAUGAAAUAAAAGUGCUUACUGGUAACUUCUACAAGUGCAAUAUAAAUAUACUACAAAUGAAAUAUAACGCUCCAAGUAUUAACUUCUUCCGCUGAUCCGUUUACUAGUUUUUAAGCUAACAAAAGGUGUUAAUGAAACCCAAAAUGGUUCUCAGUGGUGUUGGCCCAUGUGUUUUCUUCUAAACAGAACAGUUCCUGAAAUGUUAUCCUAAAUCCUGGGACUCGUUCAACAGGGCACAUGGAGAAAGUUCAAAUGUUAUGUUCUAUACAUGAGGAACAAUCUGGCUUCUCUGACAGGAGGAAAGGAAUCAUGUCUGCUCUUUUAAUGGCAUUCCUAUCUGCAGCGUUCAACGAUUGUUUACUGAAUGUGGCUCUGAAUUAGUUUGGGUCUAAACCAGGGCUUCAGCUUUGUCAUUGACCAACUUAAACACUCUGAUUCUUAAGUCGGAAAAUAUUGGUGUGUAUUCUUCGGUGGGAUGAAUAUUCUAUUAUGUACAAUGCUUUGUUAAUGUGCUAG